AUGGCGAUUGAAGUCGUCGACUUGACCGAGGCCGAUAUCCCCGGCGCCAUCCAAGUAAUUCAACAAGCCUUCGCCGACGACCCAUAUUAUAGAUGGGUCUUCGACACCUCCACAUUCAAUAAGCAAAGAAACUAUGCCUCACUUUCCGCCCGAUGCCACUGGGGUAUCAGGAACGCGCUAUUCCAAGUAGCAAAGGAAACGUCCAUACCUGGCUCCUCGGUCCUAGGCGUCUCCUGUUGGCUUGCGCCUCAGCCAGCUUCCCAGCCGGAAAGCUGGUACUCAUGGACUCAGUCGUGGAUUCUCUCAUUCAGCCAGUUGUAUAACAACAUUCGAUAUUUGGGCCAUGGCGGCCUGCGCACGAACCGAUAUUGGACCUGGAAACAGAACCAGCAGGAUGCGCAAGCGCAGAUUUGGGAUGAUCCGCGUGGUUAUUACUUUUGUAAUAUUGUUGCUGUCAGUCCGGAGGCGCAGGGGAAGGGCAUUGGAGGGUUACUUGUUAAGAAGGUCUUGAAGAUGGCGGACGAGGAGGGGAUCAAGUGUUAUCUUGAGAGCUCGAAGAACGUGCCGAAUGUGCAGAUUUAUGAGCGUAUGGGCUUUAAGAUGAGCAAGGAGAUGGAGUGUCGCGAUGGGGAUGAUGUUUGCAUGCUAUAUUGCAUGGUGCGGAAUCCCAGGACGCAGUAA